AUGCAGUCAGCCGAGCCCUUCGGGGCGCUGGAUCGCGGCACGUACGAGGAGCUGCUACCCGCCUCGCUCCGCGCCGAGAUACCCUCGCCUCAGCUCGUGGUGUUUAUGGACCAGGUGAAGCACAACCUCGCCACGAUGCUCGCACACUGCGGUGGUGACGCCGCACGCUGGCGCCCGCACCUCAAGACCACCAAGAUGGCGCCCGUCUACGAAGCGUGUGUCGCCUCCGGGGUUCGCCACUUCAAGUGCGCCACUGUGAGGGAGGCGCGCCUCAUGUGCGGUGUCCUGCGAGGGCGCGCCAUAACGGACGGCGACGUGCUGCUGGCGUACCCGCUCAUCGGCCCCAGCCUGAAGCAGCUCGCUGACCUCGCCGAUGAGUUUCCGGAGGUGCGGCUCGGGGUGCUCUGCGAGGACGCCGCUGCCGCGCCGCGCCUGCCCGGCUCUCUUGACAUCUUCAUCGACAUCAACCCCGGCUAUGAUCGCACCGGUGUACCCUUCGAGGCGACCGACGACAUUGCCGCCAUCGCGACGGCUGCUGGAGCUCGCUUCCGUGGGCUGCACUACUAUGAAGGCCACCUCUCAGACGAGUCUGCCGAGAAGCGCCGCUCGGAGGCCGACAAGGUCUAUGGUUCCCUUGACGUGCUGGUGGGCACGCUGAGGUCUCGCGGGAUCGCCGUGGAAGAGGUGAUCACGUCGGGCACCCCCACCUGCCUCGAGGCGCUGCGCUACUACGGCGAGAAAGUCAACGAGGCGCCGACGCAUCGCAUCUCACCGGGCACGGUCGUCUUCCACGACAGCAUGUCGGAGGAGAUGGAGGGCGGCGAGGCGCUGGGCCUCCUGCCCGCGGCGCUCGUGCUAUCGCGCGUGGUAUCGCACCCUCGCCCGUGGAGCGCGCCGGGGCAGCCGUGCGUCGUCACGCUCGACGCGGGCUCCAAGGCACUCGCUUGCGAGGCCGGCAGCCCAGUCGCGCGCGUGUUGGAGGUGCCGCAGCUCGAGGCGCUGGGUCCCAGCGAGGAGCACCUGCCAAUGGCGAGCAGCGAGCCGCCACCGCCGCGCGGCACGCCGCUGCUCCUCAUCCCGCGCCACGUCUGUCCGACUGUAAACCUCGCAGAGCACGCGCUCGUCGUCGAGCGCGGCGCGGAGCCCAAGUGGGUGGAGGUGGCCGCGCUCCUCGAAGCGCUGCUGGUGUCAGCUGGUGUGCUGAAAAGAUACACCAAUAUCGAAAAAAGACGCCUCAGCGCUGAGUCGCUUUGGUUUAUACCCUUCGUAAAAAGACGUAUUGAACGGAAAAACAUCGAUCAGAUGGGGGGAGAGACGUCGUGCAUCAUAUGCUUCGAGCGGCCGAAGUCUCACCUCGCGGUGCCGUGCAGCCACUUGUGCGUUUGCGGUCCAUGCUCCGAGCUGAUGCGAGAGUGUCCUUAUUGCCGCGAGCCGGUGAUGAUGUGGCUCGCCCCGCGCCCUGUCUGA